AUGGUCAACAGUACUACCCCUACCCCCACAAGCACAACUCGCCACCUCCUAUCGAGCCAAUACAUCACCUGCAUCCGAGUCUACGCGUGGGGAUUGUGUGUUGGAGGCCGUCUAACUCACCAUCUUGUGAGCGACACAGAUCGGGUGCUUACUAAGAUCAACCAUAGUUCUCCGGGACUGGACUAUCGGGGCAUUCUGGAGCAGAUGGAUGUUUUGGGGGGCAAAGGGCUGGCUGAUUGGCUCCAGCAGGGACGGUGUGAGAACGAGAUCUUUCUCAGCGCUCUCGUUCUGUACCUGUUCCAGUGGAUAGAUGGUAUUGACAAGGUGGUUGACAAGUUGUAUAGGAGGACCUGUGUUGAGAUUGAGCUGUCUUCGGGGCCUGCUAAAGGUGAACUGAGAGAUGAGGACAACCCAGGGUCGGCGUCUCAGCGUGUUUUACACUGGUUUCAGACCAAGGUUCCCGUUUUGGAAACGGUACCGUUCUGGUCAAAACUUGUGGGCAGGCAAAACAAGACUGAAGGAGCCUUUUUCAAAGUCAGACACUCCACAAUUCCUCUUUUAGACACUUUGAGGACCCACAUCAAACACUACAAGACAUGUCUUCCCUCUGUUCUCGGACUUGGAGAUGUUUCGGGCAACCCCAUUCCACUGGAUGCUCAGUAUCUGGCUGAGGAGAUGAACAUGAAGAUCGUAUUGGGCAACAGUCGACUUGUGGAGGCGUUUCCAGCUGCUCAGGGACUUGCCAGAGACUGGAUUGAUGGAGCUCUGAUGGUCACAGCCAUCAUGGUCCGGAGCAUAGUCUGGUGGAGUGCCUUGUUGGGGGAACAGGAAGACUCUGCGUUGAGUGACGGGUUUGAGGAGAUGGUGGGGGGUGGAGGUGUCGAGGAGAUGGAUUUUAUUCAGUAUUUGGAGCAAUCCAGGUUCCAGCAGAGGUUGCAAACCCUCAGUGACUGGUUCUCUCAGCACAGCGGGGAUACAGCUAGCGUCGACUAA